CCGUUAAUUAUAGGGCCUUCACCUCUCACCUCUUCCACUCAUCCCCUCUCUCUCUCUCUCUCUCUCUCUCUCUCUCUUCUCUGGGUGUCAGUCAGAAGAGCUCUCUGCUUCUGCUACAACAAUGAUGCACUACUCAACCACUUCUCUUCACUGCAAGAACGUCCCCACCGCACCUCCCCUCUCUACUUUCUCUCUCUACUCCUCCUCCUCCUCCCUCUCACCAUCGUCGUCAUCAUCAUCCCCCCUUCCCCAGCACCAUCUCACGUCAUCGUUUCAUGUUUCCAGACAAUCCUACCCGAGGGCACACCCUAGCCCUAAGCAGGGGAUGAAGGUGUUGUGUUCGAAAAGUGAGCCGAUUAAGGUGAUGAUAUCGGGGGCUCCGGCAUCGGGGAAAGGGACUCAGUGCGAGAUGAUUGUUCAGAAGUUUGGUUUAGUGCAUAUAUCAACUGGAGAUCUUCUAAGGGCUGAAGUAUCAGCUGGAACAGAAAUUGGAAAUAAAGCAAAAGAGUACAUGAACGCUGGUAGCUUGGUUCCAGAUGAAGUUGUGACAGCUAUGGUGACAGCACGACUAUCACAACAAGAUGCAAAAGAGAAAGGGUGGCUUCUAGAUGGGUUCCCACGAAGCUUUGCUCAAGCACAGAGUCUGGAGAAACUGAAUAUUAGACCUGAUAUUUACAUUGUACUAGAUGUUCCUGACGAAAUUCUAAUCGAUAGAUGCGUUGGUAGAAGGCUGGACCCUGUAACAGGGAAAAUUUACCAUAUAAAAAAUUUCCCUCCCGAGACCGACGAGAUUAAAGCAAGGCUUAUAACUCGUCCUGAUGACACUGAGCAAAAGGUCCGAUCACGACUGCAAAUAUAUAAACAAAAUGCUGAAGCAAUCUUAUCAACCUAUAUGGAUACAUUGAAUAAGAUUGAUGGAAAUCGCCCUAAAGAAGUAAUUUUCAAAGAUGUAGACUCUUUGUUGUCUCAAGUGCAGAAGGAAAAAGUAAAAACAACAAAACCAGUAAAAUCAACUCUUCAAAGCAAGAACCAGGCAUCUUCAAGUCAGGAAAUUUGGAGAGGGAUUCCUACUAGAUUGAAUAAUAUUCCUCAUUCCAGAGAUAUCAGGAAAUAUUUCUAUGAUGACGUGCUCCAAGGUACAAAAAGAGCCAUAGAGGACGGAAAAACUCGAUUGAAGGUGGAGAUAAGUAUCCCAGAGCUUAACCCAGAAAUGGAUGUUUAUCGGAUAGGUACUUUAAUGGAACUUGUUCGAGUUCUAGCUUUAAAUUUUGCUGAUGAUGGAAAGCGCAUUAAGGUUUGUGUGCAAGGGUCAAUGGGAGAGGGCGCACUUGCAGGGAUGCCAUUACAGCUUGCUGGAAGUAGAAAGAUAUUGGAGUACAUGGACUGGGGUGAUUAUGGUGCUAUGGGAACCUUUAUUAACAUAGGUUCUAUAGGUGGAAAAGAGGUCAGUGAAGAAGAUGAUAUGUUUAUUUUAGUGGCCCCCCAAAAUGCCGUGGGAAAUUGCAUUAUCGAUGAUCUAAGAGCUAUGACUGAUGCUGCUGGCAGCCGUCCAGUAAUUCUUGUCAAUCCUAGGCUCAAGGAUUUACCCGCUUCAAGUGGUAUCAUGCAAACAAUUGGUCGAGAUAAGAGAUUGGAGUACGCAGCAUCAUUUGAAAAUUGCUAUCACUUCCGGCUUCUCUAUUAUGCAGGAACUCAAUAUCCAAUUAUGGGUGCUCUCAGGAUGUCAUAUCCAUACGGGUAUGAAUUGUACAAGAGGGUGGAUGACCCGUCGUUCGGGAAGGAGAAGUACAAUAUAUUGACCACAUUUCCUAAAAGGCCUAACGUGGACGAAAUAAAUGACACUUUUGAAGGAAAACCAAGAAAUCAAGAUAAAAAGGCCUCUGGAUUUUGGGGCUUCUUGACCGGCGUAUUUUCUACAUAAAGGUAUUUAUUUUGAUUUUACGUGCAUAUUUCAUCGCUUCUUUUUCCGUUGUACAUUAGAAAUCCAAUAUGUAUGUUCAUAAGAAUGCUAGUCGUGGCAUGGAAGCAAGUCAAUGAUGAGUGUGUAAUACAUUCCUCUGAUAAUGAGGACAUUUUUUUAGGAAGAAAAACAAUGUAUUUCACAUGACCUCAGUGUAUGCAAGAGGAUAAUUUUUUCCAAUAAUGAAGAGUGUCCUGAUGAA